GCCGGGCUGUGCCGAGCACACGCCGGCUGGAGGGGACGGCGAGCGGGCGGGAGGCGGCAGGCAGCGCCGCGCCGCGCCGAGCCGAGCGAAGGAGGGACGCGCCGGGCACGGCCGCCACCAGCCCUCCCCAAUCCUCCGUCAUCCUCCCCGCCGCGGCCGCCUGGCCCCCUGACAGCCGGCGGAGCAGCAUCCCCACACGGCCCCCUUCCCGUCAGGCACGACUGAACCAUGGAGCUUCGAGUAGGGAACAAAUACCGGCUGGGCAGAAAGAUUGGCAGCGGUUCAUUUGGAGACAUUUACCUAGGAGCCAAUAUUGCAACUGGUGAAGAGGUGGCCAUCAAACUGGAAUGUGUCAAAACCAAGCAUCCCCAGCUCCACAUUGAAAGCAAGUUCUACAAGAUGAUGCAGGGAGGAGUGGGUAUCCCCUCCAUUAAGUGGUGUGGAGCAGAGGGGGACUAUAACGUGAUGGUGAUGGAGCUCUUGGGGCCCAGCCUGGAAGAUCUCUUCAACUUCUGUUCCCGCAAAUUUAGUCUCAAGACAGUUCUGCUCCUGGCAGACCAGAUGAUCAGCCGUAUUGAGUACAUUCAUUCCAAGAACUUCAUCCAUCGGGAUGUAAAGCCAGACAACUUCCUUAUGGGCCUCGGCAAAAAAGGCAACCUAGUAUACAUCAUUGAUUUUGGUUUGGCCAAGAAGUACCGAGAUGCCCGGACCCACCAGCACAUCCCUUACCGGGAAAACAAGAAUCUGACUGGCACAGCCCGUUAUGCCUCUAUCAACACUCACUUGGGAAUUGAACAAAGUCGCCGUGAUGACCUGGAGAGCCUGGGUUAUGUGCUCAUGUAUUUCAACCUGGGCUCGCUGCCCUGGCAGGGCCUCAAGGCUGCCACCAAGCGCCAAAAGUACGAGAGGAUCAGCGAGAAAAAGAUGUCAACGCCCAUCGAGGUGCUCUGCAAAGGGUACCCUUCUGAGUUCUCAACAUACCUCAACUUCUGCCGUUCGCUGAGGUUUGAUGAUAAACCUGACUACUCGUACCUGCGGCAACUCUUCCGCAACCUCUUCCACCGCCAAGGCUUCUCCUACGACUACGUCUUUGACUGGAACAUGCUUAAAUUUGGAGCAGCCCGGAACCCUGAGGAUAUGGAUCGGGAGCGGCGAGAGCACGAACGAGAGGAGAGGAUGGGGCAACUCCGAGGGUCAGCCACACGAGCGCUGCCCCCUGGCCCGCCUGCUGGAGCCACUGCCAACCGUCUUCGCAAUGUCACUGAGCCCAUGGCCUCCACCCCCACCUCCCGAAUCCAGCAGUCCGGCAACACGUCCCCCAGAGCAAUCUCAAGAGUGGACAGGGAGCGGAAGGUCAGCAUGAGGUUACACCGAGGAGCUCCUGCCAACGUCUCCUCAUCUGACCUCACAGGGCGGCAAGAAGUGUCACGGAUUUCAGCAUCACAGACAAGUGUGCCAUUUGAUCACCUUGGGAAGUGAGGAGCAAUUGCCACUGGACCAGUGUUUGCUUAGUGUCUUCACUGUAUUUUUCUUUUAAAAAACAAAAAACCCAAAAAACAAAAAAAAAAAAAAAAAAAAAAAAAAAAAAGACAAAAAAAAAGAAAACACCAAACAAAAAAACCCAACAGAAUUUCUUUUUGCCAACGAUGAGGAGUCGAGCUGUGCCCCCGCGCUGGUGUGAGCCGUUUCCGAGAGGGCCACCUGCGUCCCCCAGCGCGACGCCUCCGAGGAGCUGACAACGCGGGAGCCGUGCGGGAACACCUCCGCUGCCCCCCCAGCCCUGACCGCCGCCCCCACGGGCUACCCCCCGUUCCUUCUCCUGACUCUCUGCUCCUGGUUUUGAUUUCUCUAUUUUUUUUUUUUUUUUUCUUCUUGGGUAUCUUCCCCUGCUUUUUUUUUUUUUUUUUUUUGUAAAUAUUAUUUUGAAAUCAUAUGGUUUCUAGCCAUAUAAAUUUUAACUUUGCUCUCCUUUUUAUCUGAGGGCAAGGGAUGGUGCAGGGUGGGGGGUGAGUUUUUUGUUUGGUUUUUUUUUGUUGUUUGUUUGUUUGUUUUUUUGUUUUGUUCUUUUCAGGAGCCUUGUGGGCCAGGAGCGAAUCAGAUUCCAGCCACACUUGAUGGUAGAAGUCUGAUUUUUAUUAUUAUAACAGAAUUUAUUUUCUUGAGCAUUAAACGAAUUUUAAGCUGUGAGGGGAAUUGUGGCAACAGCCUAAUCAUUGACUCGGGCUUCCUUUCCUUGGGUGGCUUCUCUGCGGUUUCUUUCUUGGAUGUUGGGAGAAGUGCCAGCCUUCCCUGAACCGAGCAGUCCUCACACACGGAGGGAUCUCUAUGGAGAGGCAGCUGGUGCCAUGGAGGAUGGGAUCGUUGGAGCUGGAAUACAGGGAGAAAUAUACUUCUCAUCCCUGCAGCGGGGUCUUUUUUUCGUCUGGCUGUGCGUGUUUUUCUAUUUUUAUUUUUUAAUUAAAACUUGUUUUAAUUCCUG